GAGGCUGAGAGAAGCGAAGGAAGUGGGGUGGCCGGGAAGACACACACACACACACACACACACACACACACACACACACACACGCCAGAGGGAGAGUGACGGAGGAGCACGAGAGAAGGAGAGACAGGCAGUGACCCCACAGAAAGAGAGAGAGAGGCAAAAAGAGACAAAAGAAAUAGGUCCAGAGGAAGACAGAGGCGAGCCAGGAGGCAGGUGAUGGGCAGCGUGGGAGCCUCAGGCGGAGCGUCUGGGUUGGCACUCACUGCCCUGCAAACGCUGAACCGUGCUGCCCUGCUGCUCACAGUGCUGCUGAAGGCAGGCCUGGCUCAGUCGCAGAUGAAGGCCUUGGUUCCCCGAGGCUUCUGGGCGCUGCCUGAAAACGUGACCGUGGUGGAGGGGGCCCCAGCUGUGCUGCGGUGUGGGGUCAGUGCUCCAGGCAGUACGGUGCAGUGGGCCAAGGAUGGACUUCUCCUGGGCCCCGAUCCUAGGAUCCCCGGCUUCCCGCGCUACCACCUGGAGGGGGACCCUGCUAGAGGAGAAUUCCACCUGUACAUUGCAGCGUGUGACCUCAGUGAUGAUGCGGAGUAUGAGUGUCAGGUGGGCCGCUCCGAGACAGGCCCCGAGCUGGUGGCUCCCACAGUGAUCCUCUCCGUCUUGGUGCCCCCCAAGGUGCUUCAGAUGAGCCCCGAGGCGGGGAGCUCCGUUACCUGGGUCGCUGGGCAGGAGUAUGAGGUCAGCUGUGUGACGGGAGACGCAAAGCCAGCACCUGACAUCACUUUCCUGCAGAGUGGACAAACAAUUUCCGAUAUCUCCACUGAUGUGAAUGCAGGGUCCCAGGAGAAACUCUUCACCACAGAGGCCACAGUCAGGGUGGUACCCCAGAGCUCGGACAACGGGCAGUUACUGGUCUGCCAGGGGUCCAGUCCAGCUUUGGACACCCCCCUCAAAGUCUCAAUCACCAUGAAUGUUCUGUUCCCCCCAGGGCCCCCCAUUAUUGAGUGGCCAGGCCUGGACGAGGGUCAUGUGCGAGCUGGGCAGAGCUUGGAGCUACCAUGCGUAGUGCAAGGGGGCAACCCACCAGCCACACUGCAGUGGUUAAAGAAUGGCCAGCUGAUGCCCACACCGUGGGGCACAGAGCAUACACAGGCAGUGGCCCGAAGUGUGCUGGUGAUGACGGUGCGGCCAGAGGACCACGGGGCGUGGCUCAGCUGUGAGGCCUACAACAGUGUGUCCACGGGGACCCAGGAACGUAGGGUCAAGUUGCAGGUCACUUUCCCCCCGAGUGCCGUCGUCAUCCUCGGAUCUGUAUCCCAGGCUGAGAACAAGAACAUCACCCUCUGCUGCAUCAGCAAGUCCAGUCGCCCCCGCGUCCUGCUGAGAUGGUGGCUGGGCUGGCGGCAGCUGACACCCACAGAGGAAACUGUGAUGGAGGGCUUGCAUGGUGGCCACAUCUCCAUGUCCAACCUGACAUUUCUGGCGCGGAGGGAGGACAACGGUCUGAGCCUCACGUGUGAGGCUUUCAGCGAGGCCUUUACAAGGGAGACCUUCAAGAAGUCGCUGACCCUGAGUGUGAAGUAUCCGGCUCAGAAGCUGUGGAUUGAGGGGCCUUUGGAAGGGCAGCGUCUCCGAGCUGGGACUCGAGUGAGGCUGGUGUGUCUGGCCGUUGGGGGCAACCCAGAACCCUCUCUCACCUGGCUGAAGGACUCGCGCACGGUGACCGAACCGCGGCCGCCGCAGGAGCCGCGGCGGGUACAGCUGGGAAGCGUGGAGAAGUCGGGGAACACUUUCUCCCGCGAGCUGGUGCUCAUCGCCGGUCCGUCGGACAAUCGGGCCAAGUUCACGUGCAAGGCGGGCCAGCUCAGCUCGUCCACGCAGCUCGUGGUGCAGUUCCCCCCAACGAACCUGACCAUUCUGGCCAACUCCUCGGCGCUGCGCCCCGGGGACGUGGUCAACCUGACGUGCGUCAGCGUCAGCAGCAACCCGGCCGUCAACCUGUCCUGGGACAAGGAGGGGGAGAGCCUGGAUGGCGUGCCCGCGCGGCCCCGGAGUGCCCCCUACAAAGGCUUUGCAGCGGCCCGGAGCGUCCUCCUGCAAGUGUCAUCCCGAGACCACAGUCACCGCCUGACGUGCCGCGCGCACAGCGCCGAGCUCCGCGAAACCGUGAGCGCCGUCUACCACCUCAACGUGCUGUACCGUCCAGAGUCUCUGGGGGAGCAGGUCCUUGUGGUGACCGCGGUGGAGCAGGGCGAGGCCCUGCUGCCGGUGUCUAUGUCCGCCAAUCCCGCCCCCGAGGCCUUCAACUGGACUUUCUGCGGCUAUCGUCUCAGCCCAGCGGGUGGCCCCCGGCAUCGCAUCCUGUCCGGCGGGGCUCUGCAGCUGUGGAAUGUGACACGCGCGGAUGAUGGCCUCUAUCAACUGCACUGCCAGAACUCGGAGGGCACUGCUGAGGUGUUUGUGCGACUGGACGUGCACUAUGCUCCCAUCAUACGCACCCUCCGGGAUCCCACCGAGGUGGAUGUUGGGGGUUCUGUGGAAAUUGUCUGCUCCGUUGAUGCCAACCCCAUCCUCCCAGGGAUGUUCAGUUGGGAGAAGCUGGGGGAAGAAGAAGAAGACCAGAGCUUGGACGACAACAUGGAGGAUACGUCAAAGGGAUCUAUAGGAUAUCUGAAGAUUCAUUCUGCCAACCUGGCCCAGGCUGGCGCAUACCAGUGUAUCGUGGACAAUGGGGUGGCCCCUCCAGCCCGAGGGCUGGUUCGUCUCGUCGUCAGAUUCGCCCCCCAGGUGGAGCACCCCACUACUGUAAGUAAGGUCGCCGCAGCUGGAGACAGCACAAGUUCCGCCACCCUCCACUGCCGAGCUCGAGGGGUCCCCAACAUCAUCUUCACAUGGACUAAAAAUGGGGUCCCUCUGGACCUUCAGGAUCCCAGGUACACGGAGCACACAUACCACCAGGGUGGGGUCCACAGCAGCCUCCUGACCAUCGCCAACGUGUCUGCAGCCCAGGAUUACGCCCUCUUCACAUGCACAGCCACCAACCCCCUCGGCUCGGACCACAUCAACAUUCAACUCGUCAGCAUCAGCCGCCCUGAUCCCCCAUCAGGAGUAAAGGUCGUGAGCAUGACCCCGCACUCUGUAGGGCUGGAGUGGAAGCCUGGCUUUGAUGGAGGCUUGCCACAGAGGUUCCGCGUCAGAUAUGAGGACCUGGGCGCGCCAGGGUACUUCUACAUGGAUGUUCUCCCACCCCAGGCUACCACCUUCAUACUGACCGGGCUGCAGCCUUCUACACGUUACAAGAUCUGGCUCAUGGCUAGUAAUGCCUUAGGGGACAGCGGGCUGGCUGACAAGGGGACUCACGUCUCCACUCCAGGUCUGGAUCAGCCUUCUGGAGAACCAGGCCACCAGCCUCCCACAGAGCAGCCUGCCAGACCCCCGGGACUGCCCAUGCUGCCCAUGCUGUUCGCUGUCGGGAGCCUCCUGCUGCUUUCCAAUGCCUCCUGUAUCGGGGGCUUCGUCUGGAAGUGGAGACAGAGGCAACUUGCUGAGCGCAUCUCCGAGAAGACGGAAGCGGGGUCAGAGGAGGACCGAGUCGGGAACGACUACGAGGACAGCCAGCUGAGUGGAGACCGGGACACUCAGAGCUCCUCGGUCAGCAAAGCAGAUGUGGAGCCCUAUUACCACUCCAUGAGGGACUGGAGUCCCCAGCUGCCCCCCAUGCUGGAGGAAGGGCCUUAUCCCCGAGGCUUCACAGGACCCGUGGAUGAAGGCAUGCCCUUUGCUGGGCCCCUCUAUGAUGAAGUGGGCAGACUGUAUGCCCCCUCUGGGACGUGGGGAGCCCUCUACGACGAAGUACAGAUGGGCUCCUAUGACCACCACUGGCCUGAGCGCAAGGAUGAGGAUCCAAGAGGAAUCUACGAUCAGGUGGCGGGAGACCUGGACCAUUCGGAACCUGAUUCUCUACCCUUUGAGCUGAGGGGGCAUCUGGUGUGAGAGCUCCCUCAACAUCCGUUUCCCACAUUCCCCAGGACAGAAAAAUCGACCCGUCUUCUUUAUUUCUCUUGGUUCUGUAAGGCAUGAGAGAGGGAAUUGGCUUAUUUUUAGGAGAUGACACGGAUCUAAGGGACAGAAAAAUGAUUUAAGCUGAUAAUGAAGUACAAGUCUCCUAGUUGGCUUUAGAAAUGGUCAAAUAUAUAUAUAUUUAGAAAUGGUCAAAUAUAUAUAUAUUU